AUGUACGCCGCCGCAUGUUGGGUGAGGGGAGAGGAGCAGUCCGUGUCCGUGUCCAUCCGCGUACUCGAUCUAUUCGCCUCCAACAAAGCUCAUGGUUGGUGUGGGUUGGUCAUUGGUGGGCAAGUGCCCAUUUCAUGGAGUCGAGGCACAGACGUCGACCGAUUGCUGGCCGACGUCGAACUCGCGGUACCAAUAGAAUCAGAAUUGGUUGCCGUGGCCGACCAAAGGAGUCGGGCGCGCCCGCUUCAUGCAUCCUUCGCGCAGCCCACUCGGCGUUUCCUGAUGAACAGGCACCGCAGCAAGGCAGGAGGACUAGGCUCAGAGUGA